GUUACAUAUAUAAUUGUAGCCUGUAUUUUAAUUCACGUAUCUAAACGUAGGGCUAUAAAAUAAAUGACAAUCAUUCUUUGGAAAAUAUCUUCCAUCACUCCAGGAGAAUUGACGUGAGGGGAGGAAACAACAACUCUUUAUUCUUUAUUCUAUGGAAGUUUGAGGAGCUUUUCUAUUGGCUGUGGCCACUCAACAGGAGCACUGAGGGGAGGAGAGACAGGAGGUGAUGCCACUAUAAGGCAUCCUGUCUGAAGUUAAAGGGCUCACCCUAGACAGUCAGCUCGAGUUCAGCUUUCUCCAUACUUUAUUUUAGCACAUUAUACCGGAAAUGACAGCAAAAGCCAAACAUCUGCACUGGUCAGAUGGGAAAUUUCGCCAACGACCGGAGGAGUUCACCCUCUCUGAACAUUCGCGGUUGACCCGCAGUGACCCACGGGCCUGGAUGACCUCCGCGUCCCCUGCGUACUCGCCCUCAGGUGACCACUACGCACACACGUCGGUGGAUGCCGCCAUAGACAAGUACAUGUCCGGAGAUAGCAGUCCUUUGACAGCGGAAUCCGAUCUGGGAAGAUCUGAAGGACAUGAUGGGACCAGACACAAUCUCACCGGACCUCAGAGACACAGACGUGUGGCCGCCAACGCCAGAGAAAGACGGCGGAUGCACGGAUUGAACCGAGCAUUUGACAAACUGAGGAGCGUCAUUCCUUCUUUGGAGAACGAGAAAAAACUGUCUAAGUAUGACACCCUUCAAAUGGCGCAGAUUUACAUCACUGAACUGUCCGAGUUGUUGGAAGGUGUCGUGCAGUCGGAGUGCAUUGAUCUACGGGACGGAUGCGGCGCGUCUGGUAACCAUGGGAACCAUGGUCCCAGGAGUUCAGCUCAGACUUUGAGGACCAGCAUCCCUUACGCAAUGGACGCACCUUCUUCUAAUUUUGUUCCCGAGAAAAAUGAUGUCACGUCCAAUGCGAGUGAUGGCGAAUCAUCCCAUUUCAGCGACAUGGAAGACGCACAGACUGGAGGACGCUGACGGCUUUGCUGGAUUGACUUAGAAACUGUGACAUUCUGAUCAAUCAUCAUUUAUCUGUCUGUGUUUUAGUAGACACUGAAAGAACCAAAAUAGAUAGGCCUUAUGGAUGAUGGUUAGUUCUAGACAACGCUUCAUUAGUAGCCUACUUGAUUGACAAAACUACUGAAAACUCACAAGAAAGGGAAGAAACGAAUGAAAACAUCUAUACAAGCCCUAUAGUUGCACUUUAUGACAUCUACAUUUGGAUUUUGUUCCACUUCACAUGUACAAAACCUCCAUCAGCAAUGACAAAAAUGUUAUUUAUGUAACUUUGUGCUUUUUUUAUUACCACAAAAGUUUAAUAAAGAUUUUCUUUUCAUAUAUUUAUUCGAAUAGUUUCAAUCCAUACGUACUUUAUAACAAUUAAGUGAACAACACGGAUUUUUUUUUUCAUACCAAAGGUAUCAUAUUUCACAACCAUCACUACUAUCUUUUGAAACCGUUUACCUGAAAAAUUAUUUUUCCGGACAAGUUUUUUCUUUUUUCUUUAAGUUGCAUAGUUACGAAAGGUGGCGACAAAGAACGCGUAUUUUCUGAGCUGGACGAGUCAUUUAAAUCAUUCACUAAACUGAUUCGCUCAAAAGAGUCGCUCAGGUUUGAAACGGAUUUACAUCACAAAUAAAAACAAGACAAAUUCAUACAUUUUCCCUCCAUUUUGAAUGGUAUGGAGGUAUGAAUUUUGUUGAACAUUAAAAUGAAUAAUAGUCUAAUGAGUUACAAUACUUCAUUUGUUUUGUACUAGACUGGCUCUUAUUACUGUCUUUCAUUUGGUCAGCAGAUCACCAUAGACAAAAGUUCGUUAAGUAUUCUAACCAAUGAAAUGCUCAUUCAGGGUCUGCAAUCAAAUUCUAUUGGCUCGUGCUGUAGUCAGGGUUUGGAGGCAGGAAAGAGCUUCAAAUCGGAUUGCACUGGAUAAAACAAAUGAAAGGAAUAUUUCACCUAAAAAUAAAAAUUAUUUCAUAAUCAUUUACUCAGCCUGA